UGUUAAAAUAUGCCAAGAGAUCUCAAGUUUCAGGAUUUUUGACCAAAAUCGAUCACAAAGUUGACAAAAUAAUCCAAAAAAUAAAUAAAAACGGACCUAUUAAGAAACAGGUUCAGAUGAUGAAGAAGCCUGAUGUGCAUGUUCUAAACCAGAAUCCUCCACAAACUCCUAAGGAUUUGUCUGGACUAUCAACUAAGGUCAUCAAGGUUGAACCUAUUAAUAAUCCAAUCAUUAAGGAAAUGUUGAAUGAGAGUGAUAUUAACCAAUCCAUAGUUAUCAACACAAAUGGUCAUUAUAAGGUUCCAGAAUGGAAGAAAACGCUCAAGGUUAUUGAUCGACAAGAAGGUCAGAAAUACAACAGAAAUGAGAAUCAUGAGUACUACUACGAAGGGGAUUCCAAGAUUUUUACAUCGAAGAAUACAAGUUUGAAUUUGUCCAAGCUCCCAAAUCUGAAAUCUAACAAGAGCAAGUUCAACGUUGGUUCAAAGACAACAAGAAUGGAAUGAAUCGCGUCUUCAAUAGACUAUAAGAAAGGAUUUUUGGACAAGUUAAUAUCUGAGAGAUCCAGGUUGAAAGAAAUUGAUUCAGGACAGAAGGUGUAUCAAUCUCCUGGUAUGAAAUAUCUGAGAUACAAGAGAGAUCUUUCCUGUAUCCCUAAAAGUAUAAGUGCAACUACUCUGAGAAAGAAUCAGGGAAGUGAAACUUUUGUGGUCACACGCCACAAAAAGUCAUUGCCUCAGUUACGAAAGAAGCUUAGAGAUUACAACAGUCAUUCCUCAAAUCUUUGAGAUAUAAGUAGGAUUAACCAGAAGAGGAAUCUGGACCCUUUAUACUACCAAAAUCCAGCCAGCUCAAUUUCGAUUCAGACCUUCUCUCCAAAACAAAAGAAGAGGAAGAAGAAAAGGUUCCAAUUCCCUCAGAUUAUCAAAGUCGAUUACGAUAGUGAAGACUAUGAUGUCUCCAGUGUCGAACUUGAAUGGGAGAAAGAGCUCAAAACUCUUGAACAACCCAAGAAAAAUGAGGAUGCAAAGAAAGAGUCAGCUCCUCAAGUGAAGGAAGAUAAAAUUCUUGACGAAAAAAAGCCAGUUAUUCCACCUAUUAAGGUAAAGAAACAUACUUCUAGGAAUAAGAAAGCUCUACUGAAGCCUAGGAAGAAAGCAUCGACACUUAAGAGGUCUAUCGUUGGAGGGAUCUCCUCCCUCAAUCUCUCAGGCAUCAAGAAUUAUGGUAAUUCCUUGAUGAAAUCAUAAUUUUCAA